AGCCCUCUGGUGCCAGCAUGGAGGGCGGUGUGGAUGGCCCCAUUGGGAUCCCCUUUCCCGACCACAGCAGCGACAUCUUGAGCAGCCUGAACGAGCAGAGGAACAAUGGACUGCUUUGCGACGUGGUGAUCCUGGUGGACGGGCAGGAGUUCCCCACCCAUCGCUCAGUCUUGGCAGCCUGCAGCCAAUACUUCAAGAAGCUCUUCACCUCAGGGUUGGUGGUCGACCAACAGAACGUGUACGAGAUCGACUUUGUGGAUGCCGACGCCCUCUCUGCCUUGCUGGAAUUCGCCUACACCGCCACUUUGACCGUCAGCACUUCGAACGUCGGCGAGAUCCUCAACGCUGCCAAGCUGCUAGAGAUCGAGGCGGUGAGGGACGUCUGCACGGAUCUCCUGGACCGGAAGAUUCUGGCCAAAACGGACCAGAUGGAUAAAGUAGAUCAAAUUGAUCAAAGGAACCAUCUCCGAGCAAAAGAAUACCUGGAGUUUUUCCAGAGUAAUCCCAUCAACGGCCAACAGGGCAACUUUUCAUGGACCAAUCAAGACUUGAGAGACCUUCAGAGGCUCACCUUCCGUGGCCGAGAGGAGGACGAAGAGCCGGAUUGCAACGGCAUGGACCUCUACUCGCAGGCCGCUCUCAGUGACAGACCAAAGGCAAACGACUGUGAUCCCGAGGCCAAGCAUGGCAUGUGGGACGACGACGAGGUGACGGGCCAGGGACCCUUGUUCCCCGCCUCUCAAAAUGGACAAUUUGGUGGGCGUGGCCUGCCGGUGUCCUUGGGGGAGGAUGACGUACCAGCAGGCAUUCAGUUGGACCAGCCGGAGGUGGGAGAUUCUCCGGCAUUUGCUUCCGGAGGACCCGAGCGAGACGACGACCCCCGAGAAGUGGACGGCUUGGCCGCCAGCGCGCUCCUGCAGCAGAUGAUCAAUUCGGUGGGACGGCAACAGCUGGCCGACGAGGACCGCAAGGACGACGACGGAGUCAUGGAUUAUUACUUGAAUUAUUUUAGCACUUCCCAGGAGGGCGGCGAAUAUCCGUCCUGGUCUCAGAAGGUGGAGAAGAAAAUCCGCGCAAAAGCAUUCCAGAAAUGUCCCAUCUGCGAGAAAGUGAUCCAAGGAGCCGGCAAGCUCCCACGCCAUAUUCGAACCCACACCGGCGAGAAGCCAUACGAGUGUAACAUUUGCAAAGUUCGGUUUACAAGGCAAGACAAGCUGAAGGUCCACAUGAGAAAACACACCGGGGAGAAGCCCUACUUGUGCCAGCAAUGCGGGGCCGCCUUCGCCCACAACUACGACCUGAAGAAUCACAUGCGCGUCCACACGGGCCUCCGCCCGUACCAGUGCGAGAGCUGCUUCAAGACUUUCGUCCGAUCCGACCAUUUGCAUCGGCACCUUAAAAAAGAUGGCUGCAACGGCAUCCCUUCCCGCCGGGGGCGCAAGCCGCGGGUGAGGGAAGCGGCCGUCGCCCCGGUCCCGAGUUUGAAUCCCGACGACAGCAGCCUGGCGGGGGGCGAGGAGGCUGAGGAGACGCAGGGGCCUGCCGCGCCCCAGGACGAGUUAGAACAGCACUUUGAAGAUAAUUCGAACGCCCACGAGGCGUCGGGAAGUUUGAAUGUAGCUGGGGAGAUUGUCUGAGGGGGAUU